CAGAUGUCAGAUUAACAGGACGUAACUGAAAGAGCGACACCAGAGCCUCCAUCACCUCCACCUGUUCCUGACUACCUGAAGGCUUCAGCUUAGAGGACAGAGUUACUCCCUGUUAAUGCUCUUGUGAACGUUGCUGUUGUUAGGCUAUUUGUGGUCGCUGGAUUUUUUGGGGAGAGUUGCUGUGUUUUUUUUAAGUAAUUUUUGUGGAAACAUCUGUAAUCAUGUCGACAGCAGUGGAAGCGGUCGGGUUCAUCAUGUGCAUAAUCAGCUGGCUGGUUAACGGUUCGGCGCUGGUUAACGACUACUGGAAGGUUUCCACCGUGUCCGGCAGCGUGAUCAUCUCUCAGAGGCAGUUUGAAAACUUGUGGCACGCCUGUGCUGAGAACAGCGCGGGAAUCGCCGAAUGCCGGGACUUUGAAUCGAUGCUGUCCCUCCCCGUCCAUGUACAGGCCUGUCGUGCCCUGAUGAUCAUCUGUCUGCUGUUCGGCCUCGGCUCCAUGAUUGUCGCUCUGCUUGGACUCAAGUGCAUCAAGAUCGGCUCAAAGACUGAACAAUCCAAGGCCAAGAUCGCCACCAUUGGAGGAAUCCUGAGCAUCCUGGCCGGUCUUUGCUGCCUGGUAGCUGCUUCCUGGUACGCAGCCAGAGUGGUGAAUGACUUCAACGAUCCGUUCUACGGUGGAAUGAAGUUCGAGCUCGGCACCGGCCUCUACAUGGGAUGGGCUGGAGCCUGUCUGGCCAUGCUGGGCGGAGCUUUUCUCUGCUCGGCGUGUAAGAGAGCGUCGGUGAAGAAAAGCGGUUAUUAUGGAAAUGCACCACAGAAGGUGUACACGCCCACAGCCAAAUCAGAACCAGACGCCAAAGCUUACGUCUAAAUGCAAACUUUGUGCUUUGGAUGGUCCCCACGAUGUCAUAACAACACGACCAUGCAGUACUGUCUGUCUGCACCUGAUACUCAGACCAGCGUUCUGUGUUUUUCUGUCAUUUUUUCUAACUUGUGUUUGAAAGAAAAUCUUAAAUCUUAAAGAAAUCACAAAGAUUUACAGAUUAUAUUGAUCGAUACAACUGUUUGUGAUUCUGGAAACCCUGUGUGCAGUUUGUUUUUAUCGGAAUAAAGUUUGUAUUACAUAAGAAA